AUGUGUAAAGAUCUAGUUUUAUGGGCAUUGAAUACAAUUUGUUUGUCACCAGUUAUAUCAAAUCAGAACAAUCUCAAAUUUUAUUUCUGUGAACCUGAAUAUCAACAAAAAGAAACUCAUGCUUUAUUAGUAAACUAUAUAGUUCUUAACAUGGCUAGAACAAAUUCUAAUUGGAGUGAAAUAGUAAAUAAAUUGCAGCAA